UCAUUGGAAUAGAGACAUACAAAGUUAAAAAUAUUUAAAUUUUUAUUUUUUUCCAUUUAUUCAUUGAAAGCUGCAAGUAAAUCGCAAGCUCUUGCCAACGGGGGUGCCAAAGAAGUGAAGGAAAGGAAGAAAGUUGUCGUAUCUACAAGAUCAUAUAUGCUGGGUGGUGGAGAGACAAUUGCUACUGUUAUUGGGAGCGGCGGCGAAAACACUGAUGGAAACGUCCCCGCCGCGGUUUCCGUGGUUAGCAGCGGUGGAGCUCGUGAUGGAAGCAGUGAAGGCAGAGGUUUUGGGGUAGCGGGCAACAUGUUUGGCUCCAACGGCAAUAAUAGCUAUUCGGGCGAUGAUGAGAGAGUUAGGGUUCAGGAAGGUGAGAGUUUUUUCGGCGGCAACCGGUGGCCGAGGCAAGAAACUUUGGCACUCUUGAAGAUAAGGUCGGACAUGGAUGUUACUUUUCGUGACGCCAGCGUCAAGGGUCCAUUAUGGGAAGAGGUUUCCAGGAAACUAGCAGAGCUUAGGUAUCAUCGAAGUGCCAAAAAAUGCAAGGAGAAAUUCGAGAACCUUUUCAAGUAUCACAAGAGAACCAAAGAUGGCCGAACUGGUAAAUCAGAUGGCAAGGCUUAUCGUUUCUCUGAUCAACUUCUAGCCCUCGAAACCCAAUUUUCCGUUCAGUCCCCAGCAAAAGCGCCGCCGCAACUGAAGCCUCAAGCUCAGCCUCUGACGACAAUGGCAGUGGCUAAUAAUCCUGCGACUCAGCCUAAUAAUGUCACUGUUCCAUCAGCAACAACAUUACUCCCCAGUUUGACUCAAAACAUUGUACCGACAAGUGCAAACCCUAACGUCUCCUCAGAUCUGAUGUUGGAUUCAACCUCCUCAUCCACCUCGUCGGAUUUAGAAUCGGAAGGUCGGAGGAGGAAGAGGAAGCGGAAGUGGACGGCCUUUUUCGAGAGGCUAAUGAAGCAGGUGGUCCAAGAGCAGGAGGAGAUGCAGAAGAAAUUCUUGGAAGCAUUAGAGAAACGCGAGCAAGAAAGAAUGGUCCGUGAAGAUGCUAGGCGAACCCAAGAGAUAGCCAGAAUCAACAGAGAACGCGAAUUGUUAGCCCAAGAAAGAUCAAUAGCAGCAGCAAAGGAUGCAGCUCUAAUGGCGUUCUUGCAAAAAUUAUCCGACCAACAAAAUCCGGGGCAGACACAAAACAAUUCCCCGCCGCCUCAGCAACCGCAACCACCUGUAACAGCGGCGGCACCAGCAGCAGCACCUGCUCCACAGCCUGCACCACUACCACCGCAAGAGAUACCAAAGGCGGAAAAUGGGGAUCAAAGUUACACACGGAUCAGCUCAUCAUCGAGAUGGCCUAAAGAGGAGGUUCAAGCAUUGAUUGAGGUAAGGAGUACGCUGGACAAUAAAUACCACGACAGUGGUCCAAAAGGACCAUUAUGGGAGGAGAUAUCAGGUGCGAUGAAAAGGCUGGGUUACAAUCGCAACGCCAAACGAUGCAAAGAGAAAUGGGAGAACAUAAACAAGUACUUCAAGAAGGUAAAAGAUAACCAGAAGAAAAGGGUGGAGGAUUCCAAAACAUGUCCCUACUUUCACCAACUUGAUGCCUUAUACAGAGAAAAGAACAAACACGACAGCUCCUCCAAUCAAUCAAAACCCGAUAACUCAGUCCCUUUGAGAGUACGCCCCGAGCAGCAAUGGCCCCCUCCUCCUCCUCGUGAUCACACAAUGGAAGACUUGGAAAGCGAUCAGCACCAAGACGAGGAAGAGGGCGAAGAUGAAGUGGGUGAGUAUGAAAUGGUAGCCGGCGGACCGGUUUCCAUGGGCUCGUGUGAAUGAUGUCAAUGUCAAAAGCAAAACCAAUUGUCAUACGAAACGGCGCAUGUUUAAAGGCGAGUACACUCAUUGGUGGGGUUGUAGCAUAUAGAUAUAGACAGUGGAAUUUUACAUGUUCGUUUUCAUUAUUAUUUAUUUUUGGGGCUAAAUAAAUAGGUUGAGAGGAGAUGUACAUCACCGGAAUAGAGGUUCAAAAUCUCAUUCCACAUGGAAAAGAAAGGGACCUGU